AUGAAAGCCGUGGAACAUCUAUACACCUACCUCUCCCGGGAGAUUCCGCAGUCUACUGCGAGACUCGUGUUUCCCAUUACCAGUCUAGUCAGCUUAUCGGUUUUGAGCCUCAUUCUUACCUACCGGUACUUUCGUCGGCGCCAAAGACAAGAACACCUGAUGGACGCCAACGUCAGGCAAGACCAAAACGCUUGGAUCCAUUCUGCUCUGGAAAAAGGAGAUCCUUCUUUUCAAUCCUCCUUCCCUGCAUCCGCUUGCGAUAUUUUGCGCCCUUUGUCUCAGACAAGCUCCUGUCCAACCAGCGGUGCUCUCGCCGCAAUGGCACUCGGACACCAAAAUGAACAACUGAGGCAAUCCUCGGGCCCCAUCAUGUCUUCAAAUCCUGCAUUGGAGACUGGUCAAUCAGUCUCCAAGUCUGAUAAGCUGGUCCAGCAAAUGUCAGACGAAGAUUCCGAAGGCAUGCGAACGUGGAAGCGUGUGGUUGUGCAAUACAAAUGA